AGUUACAGAAAUACCGAAAAGUAAUGUUUGUAUGUAUGCCAAAACAGCUGUUGGUUGGUUUUAAUUUACCUGGGCAAACACGAACUGAUUAAACAAAUGCGAUUUGUGCAUUAAAACUAAACAAAAUGCAAGAGUUUUCGGCCAAACGCGAUGCAUUGUUUGCAUGUCUCGACGACGCAAGCAAAGAAUUGAGGGGAACGGCCCUGGAUCAGAGCAAGGCCAAGUCGUUAUCCAUCAACGCUCUCGAUCGGGGCAACAGAUCCGGAAACUCAUCCGGAUCCGGACAGGUGAUGAACUACCGCCACGGCCGCAGCAUUGAUGUCAACCUCGAUCCGGAGGAUGGGCGAUUACGGCGGAUGCGGGGCAAGGAGAGCAUUUUCAAGAAGCCGGAACUGCCCAUCGGUCGCUGUUUGAAGCCCAGGAAGACCCCAGAUUACCAGGUAAACCCCCACAAAUGGAAGAAGUACUCCCUGUCCGAUGUGGACAUCUCCGAUCAGAGCAACUCCGCCGCCGCCUUAUCCUUCCUCCGACAAAUGGACGCCCAGCGCGAAGCUGAGGGAGAUGACAUCGAAUCGCCCAGUUCAGAUGGCAAAAUAGAGUUCAAAAAGACCAGCAAACUCAACCGCAAUCUCAAGAAGCUUCAACAGCAGGAGGUGGAGGAUGUGGAGCUGGACAAACCAAAGUUGAGAGGCUCCAAGCUGGUGAUGCCCGAGUAUGUAAUUGGUCAAAGGGCCCAGAAACAGAAGAAAUCCAAGACCCAGUCGAACCAGAGUCGUGCCUCUGGAAAACUUCAACUUUCCCACUUGGCAGAGGAAGAUGAACAGGAUGAGUAGGUUACAACUUAUGGUCUUAGGCUUACACAUUAAACAAUUAGCGUUCCCCUAAAGAUUUAAGCAUGUAAAUAGACUUUUACUACACAA